AUUUUAGGAAGAAAAGGUAAAAGUAUUUUUGUUCAGGAGUUGGCGAAUUCUCAAGUUAACAGCAAUAAACCUGUAACUUUAAAGGUCUUAAAUGAAAUAUUAGCAUACUCUAGUGUAUUAGUGAGCGAAGAUACUUUAAAUUCCUUAUUAAAUAUGCCUCGGUUAGUUUUUUACGAUUUACAAAAAAAAGAAACCUUAGAUUUUAUCUACGAUAAAUUGGGAACACCACAUAGUAAAAUACAGUCACAAGGUGUUUAUAUUUUUACUUAUUUAAGCACAGCUCAAAAAUACGUAGGUUCAUCUUCUCAAUUAGCUUUUAGAUUAAAAGGUUAUUUAAAUAAAACUCAUAAAAGCACAGGUAAGUUAAUUCCUUUAAUAGAAGAAGUAGGAUUAUCUAAAUUUAAAUUAGAAGUAAUAUGUUUACCUUAUUAUCCUGAAUUUAAAUCAGAGAUAGUAUUAGAGCAAUAUUAUUUACUAGAUCCAUCUUUUAGUUUAAAUACUAUAAGAGUUUCAAAUAACCCUAGCGGAUAUAAUUUUAAACCUUUAUUUAUGUAUAAUAGAGAUAAAUCUAUACUUUAUUAUUCUACUACACAGCAAAAAGAUUUUAUAACUAAACUUAGCAUAAGCCAUUUAACCUUUACUAAACAUCUUACAAAAGGUACUUAUUAUUUAGCUAAGUAUUUAUUUACUAGAGAAAGUAAUAAUGCUGCUAGAAAGUCUCAUAUGACUUUAGCUGAAAUAGCUUUAAUGUUAAAAAGAGAUAGAGUUAACUAUAAUAGAGAAAAACCUGUUAAUGGCUUAAGUAAAGCUAUUGCACUAAUAGAUAUUCAGAAUAAAGAAGAAUUUAUGUUUGAAAGUUUAGGACAAUGUAUUAUAUUCUUAAAAAGUAAAGGAUUUUCUGCUAGUCAAAAAACAUUAGUGAAACGUUUAAAUACAGAUCAAUCUUAUAAAGGUUUUAUAUGUAAAACUGUUAAUAAUAAAUAUAAAGAAUUUUAA